GUAACAUCUCUUUCUUGGUGCACUGUGAGAUUGUCCUUCCUGUAUAAAGUUUGUUCCUAAAUAAGAAUUAAAAUGUUUUAUUGUUGUUGGUAAAAGUCAACUAAUGUAAAUUAAUAUUCAAACCAGAGAAAGACAGAAAAUGUCCAAAAUACCAGCAGAGAAACAAGAAAACUCUCCGGCUGGCUGCAGGCUGAGAGAGGGCGGGACUUCCUGUCAAUGUGACGUCACUCUGAGUGGAAGGGGAGGACUGGGGCGGGGCUUCCCUCAGUCUCGUUGUGAGGCUGUGUGUGGAGGAGGCACGUGGCCUGGAGGCGUGACGCUGCUGGCACUAGGAGGAAGAUGAGGAGGAAGAUGCUGCGCUGCGUGAAGCUGCAGCCUCCAGACCUCCACUCUUCUUUACGGGGGCGUCAUCUCCUAUGUGGGCUCCUGUGGAGGCUCCCCAUCUGGGGCCAGCCCGGACUGCGGGGCCAGCCCGGACUCCAUGGACAGCGGCUUCGCCUCCUCCUCUUCCUCGCUGCCGUCCUUCCUCAGCAGCGACGGCUCCUCCUCCUCGGCGGGCGGCUCUCCGCGGGGGCGGGACGACGCCGCUGAUGCCAGCGGCCCUCACAGAGCGUCGCCCAGCAAGUCUGUGGCCAGUUUGACCAAGCUCAACGGCAUGGUGCUGCUCUGUAAGGUCUGCAGAGACGUGGCGUCCGGCUUCCACUACGGCGUUCACGCCUGCGAGGGAUGCAAAGGCUUCUUUCGGCGCAGCAUCCAGCAGAACAUCCAGUACAAGAAGUGUGUGAAGAGCGAGAGCUGCAGCAUCAUGAGGACCAACAGGAACCGCUGCCAGCAAUGCCGCUUCAAGAAGUGCCUCUCUGUGGGCAUGAGCCGAGACGCCGUGCGUUUCGGCCGCAUCCCAAAGCGUGAGAAGCAGAGGAUGCUGGCGGAGAUGCAGAGCGCCAUGAACAACAUGGUGAACGACCAGCUACAGAGCAACUUCCAGCGCGCCACCCUGUCCUCUUCCUCCUCCUCCUCUUCCUCACCAGAGGACACCAUUGGCCCCCAGCCGUCGCCUCCUCUUCCUCCCCCUUCCUCGCCACCCCCCAGCCCUGGGAUCCAAUCCACCAUCAGCGCCAUCGCCUGUGCGCACCGUGAAACCUUCCUGUACGCGCACGACAAGCUGAGCGAUCCGCAGCUUAGCCCCGCCCACCGCCACCCCGGGGGGGCAGAGCUUUGUCCCAACCACGUUCGAAACGGUUUCAGAAAAAACAAUAAUCACAAAAACACCAUGGACUGCUUCCUGCAACAGGGUCACGACAACACAAGCAAUCACCAUGGCAACAACGGGUGGAGUCAGCAUUCCAGCAAUGUGAUUGGAGGACAGAGUCAUGUGACCCAGAGGCAGAGCUGUCCGCCAAAGAGUCGCUCUGGGAUUGUUCUGGCUUGUCCAAUGAACUUGCAGCCCCAUGCAGACCCUUUAAAGACGCCCCAGGAGAUCUGGGAGGACUUCUCGUUGUCGUUCACGCCCGCCGUCAGGGAAGUGGUGGAGUUUGCCAAGCAUAUCCCAGGAUUCAACGCUCUGACCCAGAAUGACCAGGUCACCCUACUGAAAGCAGGCACCUUUGAGGUGCUGAUGGUGCGCUUCUCGUCACUGUUCAACAUGAAGGAACAGACGGUGAUGUUUGUCUCUGGCGCCACCUACUCUUUGGAGGAGCUCCAUGCGAUGGGGAUGAAUGAGCUGCUGGCAGCCAUGUUUGACUUCAGCCAGAAGCUAGCUUCGCUGACGCUGAGCGCCGAAGAGCUAGGGUUGUUCACCGCAGUGGUGCUGGUGUCCGCAGAUCGGUCCGGCAUCGAGAACCUGCCGUCCGUGGAGCAUCUGCAGGAGAACCUGAUCCGGAUGCUUCGCCGUCUGGUCAAUAAGACGACCGGCGGCGAACCGCCCGUCAUGGAUUCGCCGCGCUUCACCAAGCUGCUGCUGCGGCUGCCCGACCUGCGGACACUCAACAACAUGCACUCGGAGAAGCUGCUGUCCUUCCGCAUCGACCCCUGACCACCCCGCAGCGCACAGCUGGAACAGACACACGCCCGCCAAAAUAAGAGUCUGCUGGCCUGAUCCGAUCUAUCAUACAUUACCACUUCCUGUGAGACCAUCAUCGUCAUCAUGCCUGAUGUUCUCCAGAGCAGCUGGAUGGAAACAAAGAUCCUCUUCCAAAAGUCUCCUGCUUUUGGGCAGAACCCUGCUCACAAAACAUCCGCACCUGUCAGCAGGUCGCUCCAUCCAGAUGUUUAGGAGCUCUGCAGAGCCAGACGUCCAGCAUUAGGUGCUUCAGGUUCAGCUCUUCCAUUCACUCUGUGGGAGUUAGCUCUGCCCCAUCAGCACCAGCAGCCAAUGAGGAGAGGAGGUAGCUGCAUGGACCAAUGAGACGCCGGGAUGCUGAGUGGCGCCUCUGCUGAAAAUUAGACCUGUAAAACCUGUAAAUACUGAAAGAUCCAGACAUACUUGAAAUGUUGCUGUUUGUGACUCGUCUGCGUGAAACUCUGAGGCCUCUGGAUGAGCAACAGAGACACAACGUGUUCAGGCAGGAAAUCUUCUCAUGUCUGUAUUUUAAUGUUUGCAAAACCAUUUAAGUAUUUCUAUAAAUUCUCACUGAAGAUGCUGAUCUGUGACUCAUUUCCUGCUUUCACCGCUUCGCCUGCCUAAAACCAAUAAAACACCAAACAGCUUUUAAUGAUUAAAAUCAUUACAAUGGAAGGAGUUUAAUUCAUCAUUUUUCAAACAAAAUGUUAAAUAAAAAAAUCUGCUGAAUUAGUAAAAACCUUCAUUUCAGAACUUGAGAAAAAGUCAAACAUUCAUAAAAAGAAGUCAAAUUAAAACAAAACAAUAAAGUGAAAAUAGAAACAUAUUCUUCCAGACAGUUGCAUAAUAAACUUUGGGUGGAUGGAUGUUUGGAUGGAUGGUUGGGUGGAUGGUUGGAUGGAU